AUGUCGCUAAACGUACCCAUAGUCAAGCUAAAUUCUGGUGAUAGUAUCCCAGCCGUGGGACUCGGGUGCUGGAUGGGAUCCGUUGGGGGAGGGGAACAGGCUUAUGAGAUGGUUAAGCUUGCCUUGAGGCUAGGGUAUCGUCAUUUUGAUACAGCCUCUCGAUAUGGCAAUGAAGAGGGUGUCGGGCGGGCAAUUCGAGAAUCAGGUAUUCCACGAUCUGAGAUAUUUGUUACUACAAAGCUGGUCGACUGGGACCACGACAGCCCUAAGCGGGGUCUGGAAGGCAGCUUAAUGGCUCUUGGAUUGGACUACAUUGACUUGUACCUCAUGCACUGGCCCAUGGCUCGGAAAGGACGAAUCCUUCAGCCCGACGAGUCUCCCACAUUUGUGGAAACAUGGCUUGCGAUGGAGAAGCUUCUCGAUACAGGAAAGGUCAAAAAUAUCGGAAUAUCUAAUUUCAGUAUCCAAAAUAUCAAUGUACUUUUGGAGAAGGCCAAGGUUAUACCCGUUGUCAACCAGGUCGAACUCCAUCCAUGCUAUCCUCAGAACAAAUUAAUAGAAUUCUGUCGAAGCAAGGGUAUAUACCCUACUGCCUACUGCCCUCUCGGACAGUACAGGUCACCCUUCUUCUCAGAUCCAGUGUUUAUCCGGGCAGCCGAACAACUUAGCAAAGAGCUCUCCAGGGAAGUUACUCCCUCACAACUAGUUCUGAGUUGGGCUGUCCAACGUGGCACCAUCAUAAUUCCCAAGAGCUCCAAUGAAAGCCGACUUAAACAAAACCUCGAUAUCAUCACCCUGCCCAAGGCUAUAUUUGAAAUUGUUGACAACUACCACAAGGGACCAGGAAUGCACAAGACCUUGGAUGAGUACACUCUUCGUGACCCUGGGACCGUCGGCGGUAUGGCUAUUCCUAGUAUCAAGCUAAAUACAGGGUCGGAGAUACCUGUGGUUGGGCUCGGAUGUUGGAUGGGAGCUCCAGGAAGAAAGGAGGCAUCUUAUGAGAUAGUGAAGAAGGCCUUGGAGAUUGGGUAUCGGCAUUUUGAUAUGGUUACCAGAUAUGGUAUGUAUUUAGGUUAUCAAUCUAUUCUGGCCGCCAUUGAGUCUACUCAUAGAGAACGAAGAUGCGGUUGGAAGGGCACCAGAGACUCGGAAAUACCCCGUUCGGAGAUAUUUGUGACAACAAAACUUAUUGACUACGAUCACGAUGAUCCUCGGAGAGGUCUAGAGAAAAGCCUAAAGAAGCUAAACCUAGAAUAUAUAGAUCUCUACCUCAUGCAUUGGCCCAUGGCUCGACUGGACUCAAUGGAAGAUUCGACAUACAAGCUAGGCAAAGUAUAUCAUCCUGAAGAAUCGCCUACGUUUGUUGAUACCUGGCUUGAGAUGGAGAAGCUCCUUGACACAGGCAAAGUCAGGAGCAUUGGAGUAUCCAACUUUAGCAUCAAGAACUUAAAUAUACUAAUCGAGAGAGCCAAUAUUGUGCCAGCAGCCAACGAAGUAGAAUUGAACCCGUCUAAUCCUCAACAUGCACUAGUCGAUCUUUGUAAAAGCAAAGGAAUCCAGGCGAUAGGAUAUGGCCCGCUUGGACAAUACAGAGCGCCGUUCCAUACGGACCCAGAGUUACUUCAUGCGUCUGAGAAACUGGGGGGGAGCGCUUUCAAGGAAAAUCUCUCCCUCUCAGCUGGUAUUGAGCUGGGGUGUGCAAAGGGGGACUAUCGUGAUACCAAAGAGUGA